GCAGAAAAUUUUCUCUCUCCUCUGCGUAACAACUAUUUCACACCGCCAUUGAAAUUUCUUCUUCCGAGCUCAAUUCAUCUUCAUUAGAGCUUUGAUUGGUGAUGAUGAGUGUUUCCCAGAGUGAAUUCCAUCUUGCUUUCCUUCUGAAUCUUGUUCUUCUAGUUAUCUCGAUUCUUCAAUCAGCGAUUACAUCGAUCGUUGUGUCUGUUCUUUCACAUUUUCUUUGACCUAGUUUGUGCCAAUCCUUCAUUUUCUGGCAUUUUUGUUUCUUUCAUCUGUUUGAAUAACAUUGAUUAAUUCAGUUCUUAAGUUUCUGUUUGUGAAUCGCGAUGUCGUCAAAUCCAAAUCCAUCGUCAUUUCCAGCUGGAUCUAGAAACUCUUCACAUCAACUCGAUCAAUAUGAGAAUCCGUAUUUUCUACAUAGCUCCGAUCAUGCUGGACUCGUUCUUGUUUCCGAUCGCGUAUCUUCAGGAGCUGAUUUUCACUCAUGGCGACGAUCAGUUCGUAUGGCACUUAAUGUGCGUAACAAAUUAGGGUUCAUUGAUGGCACAAUUGCUAAACCUCAAGAAGGUCAUCGUGAUGCUGGAUCUUGGUCGAGAUGUAACGACAUGGUUGCGACUUGGCUAAUGAACUCGGUGUCCAAGAAGAGUGGACAGAGUCUCUUGUUCAUCUCUACGGCUGAAGGUAUAUGGAAAAAUCUCCAAUCUCGUUUUAAGCAGAAUGAUGCUCCUAAAAUUUUUGAGAUAGAACAGAGACUUAGCUCGAUUCAACAAGGAUCUCUAGAUGUUAGUUCAUACUACACGGAAUUAGUCACUCUAUGGGAAGAAUAUCGUAACUAUGUUGAAUUGCCGGUUCACACUUGUGGAAAAUGUGAUUGUAAUGCCGCAACACUUUGGGAAUCUAUGCAACAUCGAAGCAGGGUUACCCAGUUUCUUAUGGGUCUUAAUGAGUGUUAUGAAUCUAUUCGUCGUCACAUCCUGGUAUUGAACCCCAUUCCAUCCAUUGAAGAUGCUUAUAAUAUGGUUGCACAAGAUGAAAGACAGAAGAGUCUUAAGCCAUCAUCAAGGCCAGAAAAUGUGGUGUUUCAGAAUACUAGACCUCCAAAUGCUCAAGAAUUUGCAUAUUAUGACAAUGUGGAUCAUGCGGCUUAUGCUGUUCAGAAUUCAUAUCGACCAAAGUCAAGACCUGUUUGUAUGCAUUGUGGACAAACAGGACACAUUGUUCAGAAAUGCUUCAAGCUAUAUGGAUAUCCUCCUGGAUAUAUCCCUGGUUACAAAAGUAACAAUCUCGCAGCACAAAGACCAUCAGCUCCACCUAAUUUUCAACCUCGAGCUCAAUUUCAACCCACAUAUCCUCCUCGUGGUAGAUUUGAGACUCCAAGACCACUUGCUGUGGCUAAUGUGAUGACUAACCCGUAUCCGUAUGUGCCUCCUCCCACUCAACCUGCAAUGAAUUUGGAUUUCAGCCACAUGAACCAAGAUCAAGUUCAGUUUCUUAUUCAACAGUUGAGUGCUCAUGUCAAUAUGUCUUCUCCUGUGGAAGCUUCUACUUCGAAUGCACCUACGGCUACUAUUACAGAACAUGGAGCGAUGGCACCUCAAUCUUCAUCGGAUUGAUACUCAUGACACUUCAUUUUUCACUGGAUCCUUGGAAGUUGAUGGCACUCUUUGGCACCAGCGCCUCGGGCAUCCGUCAUCUGACAAGUUACGUAAUCUUUCUAGUUUGUUACCGAUGUCAAAGUCUAGUAAGUCUUCUGAGUCACCAUGUUCCAUUUGUCCUUUAGCUAAACAAAAAUGCCUUCCAUUUGAGUCUAAUAAUCAUCUAUCUACUUCACCUUUUGAUCUCAUUCACUUAGAUGUUUGGGGUGCGUUUUAUACAGAGUCUGUAGAGGGUUAUAGAUACUUUUUAACAAUAGUUGAUGAUUGUACUCGUGUUACCUGGAUUUUUCUAAUGAAAUACAA